UGGAGCUUGCGCAUUUCACGCUUAACGUCAUGAGGAAUGCUUACGCAGUGUUCGUGAAAAAAGCGGGCUUAUCCGAUAGUCUUGGAAUAUGUAGUUAUGUUGAGAUUUUAUUUUGUAAAAAUUUUUAUAAAAAUUUUAAAUCUUAGAGCUACAACUAAUACUUUGAUAGAGUUGCAUGUAACUUUUAAACGGGAAAUGAAUAGAAAGCGUGUACAAUAUGAAUAAACGCAUAUGUAAUUAACUGAAGUGAUAGCAAUAACUAGAACAUCAACAUCAACAGCACUUUUUUGUGUAAUAGAGCACAUACAAUUUUUAUAGAUAUACAUACAUAUGUUCAUUUGAUGUCCUGUGCAAAAAAGAGUGCUUAAAAGUGAUAUGACCAGAAAGAUGAGCAUUUUCAUAUUAUAAAAUCGUAAAAGCAAACGUUUGCAUGACAAGCACCUGAUCGACUAAAAGAAUACAAUGGUUUACGGAUAAGUGAUAAUCUGAGUAUCUACUUAUGUUUGUAUUCCAAGAAAAAUAAAACGUCGUGGAAUCUAAAAAGUAAUAAGUCUCUCGGUGAUUUUAUGUUUGUUUGCAAGAGAACACGGGAUCUCUUAAAAGUAUGUAUUUAGAAAUUAUAGCUGGGCUCAGUUUGACCAAGCAAAAGCUCUACAGAAAACAGAUUUAAUAAAAACUGGUUUAAGAGUAAUGAACUGUAAAUGCCGGUUUUCACUAUGUCAAAUUCAAUGGCAGUUUUCGUCAAAUAAGUGAAAAUACGUUCUCAAAUGGGAUUGAAAAGCGGUUUAGCGAUUGAUUUGGAUCAGGAUAGGUCUUUGGUCGUGUACAUGCGCUGCUAAAUUGGCUAUAUGUCAGUUUUUGGCCGAUAAUAUCAUCGGUAAAGAUGGCUCGAUAUAAGCAGACUAGUUUUCCCGAAGAUGAUGCUAGCUCAGUCGGAGGCAUCCAUUUAAAUGAGGGGACCGGUAGCACGGGACUGCAUAUUCGAUAUCACACAGCACGGCACAUCAGAUACAACAAUGGUUAAGGUGGAGACCACCGGACAGCCAAGUAUACUCCUGGUCUCAUCAUACGUGGCCCACGAUAGGGACAGUCCGCCAACCGAAAUCCAGGAGAUAAUAGCCAAAAACCCCAGACAAAUUAUAGUCGUCGGCUGCGAUGCGAAUGCAAGGCAUCCAGUUUGGGGUAGUUCUACGGAGAACGACCGAGCAAACGAAGUUCCGUGUCUCAAUGAACAUUGCAUAUUUGCAGCUAAUGAAAUAUUGAGAUCUAUUGACAGAAGAAUCGAUCCAUGCGAUGAUUUUUAUGCUUAUGCGUGUAAUAAUUGGAUAAGAAAUAAUCCAAUUCCAGAAGGCAAAUCAACAUGGGGUACUUUUGGAAAAUUAGAACAAAUGAAUCAGCUAAUUAUACGAAAUAUAUUAGAGAAACCACUGAAGGAAUAUAAGUCAGAGGCUGAAAAGAAGGCAAAAAUUUACUAUGAAUCUUGUUUGGAUAAAGAAGAAGAGAUGGAGAAAUUGGGUGCUAAACCAAUGGUUGAUUUACUGUGGAAAAUCGGCGGCUGGAAUGUGACAAAAAGUGGAUUUAACAUUGAAAAAUGGAAUUUGGCUCAUACGUUGAAAAUUUUACAAAACAAGUACAAUUUCAAUUGUCUUUUUGCGUGGGCAGUCGGUGAGGAUGAUAAAAAUUCUUCCCGCCAUGCCAUACAAAUCGAUCAGGGUGGUUUAACACUGCCGACACCUGACUAUUACAACAACAAAACCGAAAUCCACCGCAGAGUCUUAGACGGCUAUAUAGAAUAUAUGACGAAAGUUUGUGUUCUACUGGGCGCUGUUGAAUCAGACGCCCGUCGCCAGAUGGAAGCAGUGAUUGCGUUUGAAUCGAAAUUAGCGAACAUUUCAAUGCCACUUGAAGAACGUCGUAACGAAGAAGCUAUGUAUCAUCCGAUGAAUUUGGUGGAUUUAGAAAAAAUAGCACCAUUCCUGAACUGGACUGAACACUUUGGCGACGCAAUGCUAUUAGUAAACCGAAGAAUAACGCAGGACGAAAUAGUUAUCGUUUACGCUCCGGAUUUUUUAAAGAAAUUGUCAGCAAUCAUCAUUGAAAUGGAGAAAACAAUCGAAGGAAAAAUAACUCUUAAUAAUUACUUGGUGUGGCAAGCGGUACGAACACUGACGUCUUGCUUGUCAAAGCCGUUUCGAGACGCUUAUAAAAGCGUACGCAAGGCUCUAAUGGGCUCAGAUGGAGGCGAAGAGAUAUGGCGAUAUUGCGUGGCAGAUACAAAUAACGUCAUUGGUUUUGCAGUUGGGGCCAUUUUCGUGCGUCAAGCUUUUCAUGGCGGGUCUAAACCAGAAGCCGAACAAAUGAUCAACGAAAUUCGCGAAGCUUUUAAAGAAAAUUUACAUAACCUCACAUGGAUGGACAGGGGUACUCGUGAACGAGCAAUCGAUAAAGCCAAUGCAAUAACAGACAUGAUUGGAUUCCCUGACUACAUUCUCAACCCAAAAGAGUUGGAUAAGAAAUAUGAAGACUUGAAAAUUGUGCCAAACAAAUAUUUCGAAAACAAUAUUCAGGUUGCAAUGUAUAAUUUAAGAACCAACUUGGAAAAGCUAGAUCAGCCUGUGAACAAAACUCAUUGGGGCAUGACUCCUCAAAUGGUGAACGCCUACUAUACGCCCACGAAAAAUCAAAUUGUGUUUCCAGCUGGAAUACUGCAAUCACCAUUUUACGACACCAACAAUCCGAAGAGUCUAAACUUCGGCGCAAUGGGCGUUGUUAUGGGUCACGAGCUAACGCAUGCGUUUGAUGACCAAGGACGCGAAUAUGAUAAGUUUGGCAACAUACAUCGAUGGUGGGACAAUAAGAGCAUCGAAAGGUUCAACGAGAAAACAGAAUGCAUCGAACGACAAUAUGGGAAUUACAAAAUGAAUGGGCGUACCCUAAAUGGAAAACAAACUUUGG